AUGAAAAUAUUACAACAAACAUGGAACGAUCUGUUAAUGACAACAAGUAUGCAAAAUGUCACACAAGUCAAAUAUAUAGAUAAUGAAUGGUUAAAUGAACUUGUUCAUUUCAUUUUGAAUGGUUCUUAUGAUAAAUUAUUCAUCGAAUAUCCGAAUCUACGAGAUUUUAUUAAUAAAAAUCAUGAUGAUUCUCAAUCGAUUGAGAUUAUGAAUAAAUUAAAUCAUGAUGAAGAACUCAUUGAUUUUUUGCAUAUACUCAUUGGUAUAGCAUAUCUUCAAUUGUUUAUUAUUAAUAAUUUUCUUGGACCAAAAAUUGAACUUGAUAAUUUUGAACAAUCAAUAUCACAAACUACAAUCAAUGAUUAUUUAACAUGUGAUGGUGAAACACCUGUUUCAACUGUUGAACAUUUAGAUUAUUUAUUUCAAGCAAUAAAAGUUUUUAAUAUUGAACAAAAUAAAACCAAUAAAAAUUGGACUUGGUACUGGUGGACAAUGAGAACUUUAUUUACACAUCAAAAAAUGUUAGAAGAACGUACAAUGACAUUAUGUAAUCAUAUACAAAUCUGUAUUGAUAAACUUUUAACUUAUCAAUCUGAAAUGAAUAAAAUACAACAGAUUUUAUUCUUUAUUGAAAUAACUUAUAUAUCUGAAUACUAUUACAAUUGGAAACAAGCCGAAACAUCUAAAAAUCGAGCACUUGAAAUAUCAGGUUUAGAAAUUAAUUUAACAGGUCAACUUGGUAAACGAACACGAUAUCAAAUAAAUAAUACAUCACAAUUACUUCUUGACAUUAAAAGAAAAGAAUUACAAGAAACUUCAAUUAAUAAUAAUAUAACAAAUGAAGAAAAUUUGAUAUUACCUAAAAAUCUUGCAUUAAAUGAUGAUGUUGUUCUUAAUCAAAUUCAAUUUCAAAAUGAAACUGAUUAUCAAGAUUUGACUGUUCAAUUAAAUAUUAUUGAACAAUUAACUUUAUUAUUAAUUAUAUACGAUCGUCAAAUUAAUAAUCCACGUCAUGAAAUUACAACAGAGGAACAAUUAGCUUUUCUCAAUUAUAUCUUAGCGCGACCGAUUAAUUGGUGUAUUCAAACAUGUUCUCUCACAUUACGUUGUCAACAUGAAACGGAUAAUAAACGUAAAAUUGAACGAACAUUAUUACAAUUACAAGAAUUAAUUGAUCAAUAUGAUUAUAAAAAUCCUUCAAGUUCAUUUCGUUUAGAAUAUUUUCAUUCAACACCUAUUUAUCCAACAUGGAAAUUAAAAAGUUAUAUUGCUCAUGUUUAUGUUAAACUUGGUCUUAUUAAUAAUGCACUUGAUUUAUAUUUAUAUUUAAAAAAAUGGUCGGAUGUUAUAACAUGUUAUCAAUUAUUAAAAAAACUUUCAUUAGCUGAACAUAUAAUACGUGAACAAUUAAAAAUAAAAGAAACACCUGAUUUAUUAUGUUCAUUAGGUGAAGUAACAGAUGAAUUCGAAUAUUUUGAACGUGCAUGGAUAUUAAGUAAAGAACGUAAUGGACGUGCACAACGUUUAAUGGGAAAAUAUUAUUUUAAUCGAGGAAAUUAUGAAAAAGCUUGUGACCAUUUAUUAAAAGCUGUUGAAAUUAAUUCAUUACAACAUGACAUAUGGUUUUGGCUUGGUAGUGCGGCAUUUCGUACAGAAAAAUGGGAAUUAGGUGUACGAGCUUAUCAUCGGUGUACUAAUAUUGAACCAGAUAAUUUUGAAGCAUGGAAUAAUUUAGCUGCAUGUCAUACCAAAUUAAAACAAAAGGACAAAGCCCAUAAGGUUUUUCUUGAAGCAAUUAAAUGUAAUUAUGAUAAUUGGAAAGUAUGGGAAAAUUUUCUUUGGACUAGCGCUGAUUGUGGAGAAACUGAAGACGUUAUUCAAGCUUAUCAUCGUUUAAUUGAUCUUAAAACAAAAUAUAUGGAUAAAGAGGUAUUACAACGCUUAGUACAUUUAUUAUCAGAAAAUAAUCAAAAUGAAAUAUGGACAAAAAUCUAUCAAAAAUCUCUUGAAUUAUUUGGAAGAUUAACUUCACAAGUAACAAAUGAUGCUGAUAUUUGGGAAUUAUAUAGUGAUUUAUGUCAAUUAAAAAAAGAUAAUACAUCGAUUGAUUGGCAUAUGAAAAUUUUACAACAAUUACAACGAGCUCAUCGUUGUGCUACUAGUCAAACACCUAGUUGGGAAAGUGAAAUUAAUACAAUAAAAAAUGUUCUCAAAUUAUCAAAUAAACUUGCUACUAAUACAAUUGAACAACUUAAUGAACAUUCUGAGAAUGAAAAUUUCAAACAAUUAUGUCAUUCAAUUCGUCUUGCUUUAAAUUCUGUUAUGACUCGUUUAAAACAAAAAUAUGAUUCAUCAUUAAUGAUAACUGAUGAAAAAAUAACAGAUGAUAUUCAACAACUAGAAAAAUCAAUUUCACAAUUAACUAAUAUGUUACUUAAAAAUUGA